UUGUAAGAUCAACUCCAAUCCUAUCCUUUGCGUUUUUCUUUGAUGUGUUCAGCCGUUUUACUCUAUUUUUUAUUUUUAGGGAUUCUGCUCAUUAUCUACUUUAUUGUAUGAUUUUUGUCAUAUCAUCUCCUAUUACAUUGGCUCUUCUCCCAGUUUCAAUUUAUGCCAUUUUCAAUUUAAUUGCAACUCUAAACAAAUUUUCUACCGAAACUGGAGUUGCUCAUAAUUCUUUUAUAAUCUCCCGGCUGGUUCAAUUUAAACAACAAGCAUCUCCAAAUAUGUUAAGUACUGCUGCUUGUGCUGAAAUUUUCCUUUUGCCAAUUAUUAUUUUGAUGAUUUUUAUGUUCGGUUUUUUUAAAUUAAAAAAAAUUUUUUUUGGGGUUUUUGAGGAGAUUUUAACUCAAAACUACGUUUUUGAUUCUCUUUUCUUUUGGAAAAAUUGUUUUUAUUAA